GCGCCAGCGCCUGUAGUUGUCCGCUGAAGUGCGUUCAGAGUCUGAAUCAUGAAGAACAGAAGAGCUCACUGGGAGUGGUGCGGACGUUGUGCAAUAUGCGAGUAGGACACGUUAUUUGUGUGAAGUUAUAAUGCAGCUGCGCACGGACACUGCUGCUGCUGCAGACCUCCAUGAAGUGUUCAAGAUAAAGUCGCACAGACAGUGAUAACGGAUACCGGACACAUACAGGACAAACCCGCAGAAUAAGAGUGUGACUGUAAUACUGGAGGAGAGAUGGGGAACGCAGGGAGCAUGAACCAACACACUGACCCCAGAGGACACCACAUGCCCCUCAAACUGCCCAUGCCCGAGCCGGCCGAACUGGAGGAGAGAUUUGCGCUCGUCCUGAACUCAAUGAACUUGCCUCCAGACAAAGCAAGAUUACUACGGCAGUACGACAACGAGAAGAAAUGGGAACUCAUUUGUGACCAGGAACGAUUCCAGGUGAAGAAUCCUCCUCACACAUACAUCCACAAGCUGCAGAGUUAUCUUGACCCAGCCGUGACCAGGAAGAAGUUCAGGAGGAGAGUGCAGGAGUCAACUCAGGUCCUGCGGGAGCUGGAAAUCUCAUUACGGACCAAUCACAUCGGGUGGGUGCGGGAGUUUCUGAAUGAGGAGAACAAGGGUUUGGAUGUGUUGGUGGAGUAUCUUUCGUUUGCACAGUAUGCCGUCACGUAUGACGGUGACAGUUCUGAGAACAGCGCAGAAAACUCGGUGGAUAAACCCUGGAAUCGAUCAAUUGAAGAUCUCCAUGGAGGAAACAACCUCUCGUCAGCUGUCACAGGCAACAGCAUCUCCAGAGCCAGCAGACAUUCAACAAUAAGGUCAAACACGUUACCCAGCAGGAGGACACUGAAGAAUUCCAGAUUAGUAUGUAAGAAAGAUGACGUUCAUGUGUGCAUCAUGUGCCUACGAGCCAUCAUGAACUACCAGUAUGGCUUCAACAUGGUCAUGUCUCACCCUCAUGCUGUGAAUGAAAUUGCACUAAGUCUGAACAAUAAGAAUCCCAGGACUAAAGCUCUGGUGCUGGAGCUGCUGGCCGCAGUGUGUCUGGUUCGAGGAGGUCAUGAGAUCAUUCUCUCCGCCUUUGAUCAUUUUAAAGAGGUGUGCUCAGAAGAUCAGCGGUUUGAGAAACUCAUGGAGCAUUUCAAGAACGAAGAUAAUAACAUCGAUUUCAUGGUUGCAUGCAUGCAGUUCAUAAACAUUGUGGUUCAUUCUGUGGAAGACAUGAAUUUCAGAGUGCACUUACAGUACGACUUCACAAAGCUGGGUCUGGAUGAAUAUCUGGACAAACUGAAGCACACCGAGAGUGAUAAGCUGCAUGUGCAGAUUCAGGCGUACCUGGAUAACGUGUUCGAUGUCGGGGCUCUGUUAGAGGACGCAGAGACCAAAAACGCAGCGCUGGAGAGAGUGGAGGAACUGGAGGAGAACAUGUCUCAUCUGACAGAGAAGUUGCAGGACACAGAGAAUGAGGCAAUGGCAAAAAUCGUUGAGCUGGAGAAGCAACUGAUGCAAAAAAAUAAAGAGCUGGAGUCUAUUCGGGAGGUGUAUAAAGACGCCAGCACUCAGGUGCACACCCUGCGGCGGAUAGUGAAGGAGAAGGACGAGGCCAUUCAGAAACAGAGCAACCUGGAGAAGAAGAUCCAUGAGCUGGAGAAACAGGGAACCAUCAAGAUCCAGAAGAAAGCGGAUGGGGACAUUGCCAUCCUGACGUCCCCUCCACAGGGGAACGGGCAUCUGCCAGAGUCACAGGGCGUAGCUGGGGUGUCUGGUGAGGGCAUGGUCAGUCACGGAGGUGUGGCUAAUGGGGGGGCACAUGGCCUGACCAUGCUUGAUCCUCCGCCACCCCCUCCACCUCCUCCUAUGCCGGAGACAUUACCAAACGGUCCCUCUGCUGCUCCAGCACCAGCUCCUCCUCCUCCUCCUCCUCCACCUCCUCUCCCCGCUGUGGAUAUAUCUGCCCCUAUGCCCCCUCCACCGCCCCCCAUGGCUCCUCCACUUCCAGGCUGUGGAUCUCCCACCGUCAUCAUGAACUCGGGACUGGCAGCUGUGAAGAUCAAGAAACCCAUCAAGACUAAGUUCCGUAUGCCGGUGUUUAACUGGGUGGCGCUGAAGCCCAAUCAGAUCAACGGCACUGUGUUCAACGAGAUCGAUGACGAAAGAAUACUGGAGGACCUGAAUGUGGAUGAGUUUGAGGAGAUGUUUAAGACGAAAGCGCAGGGGCCUGCCAUAGACAUCACCUCCAGCAAACAGAAGACCUCUCAGAAAGGACCAAAUAAAAUCUCGCUGCUGGACUCCAACAGAGCUAAAAACCUGGCCAUCACGCUCAGAAAAGUGGGCAAGACAUCAGAGGAGAUCUGCAGAGCCAUUCAAAUGCUUGACCUGCGGACCUUGCCGGUGGAUUUCGUGGAGUGUUUGAUGAGGUUCAUUCCAACGGAAGCGGAGCUGAAAGUUCUCCGGCAGUAUGAGAAGGAGCGCAAACCAUUGGAGAACCUGACGGAUGAGGACCGCUUCAUGAUCCAGUUCAGCAAGAUCGAGCGUCUCAUGCAGAAGAUGACCAUCAUGGCGUUCGUGUGCAAUUUCACAGAAAGUGUUCAGAUGCUCACACCGCAACUUCACGCCGUUAUUGCAGCAUCUGUGUCCAUCAAGUCCUCACAAAAACUCAAGAAGAUUCUGGAAAUCAUCUUGGCUCUGGGAAACUACAUGAACAGCAGUAAAAGAGGAGCGGUGUAUGGCUUCAAACUGCAGAGCUUAGACCUGUUAUUAGACACGAAAUCAACAGACCGCAAGAUCACUCUUCUGCACUAUAUCGCGAAUGUAGUGAAGGAUAAAUACCAGCAGGUGUCGCUCUUCUAUAAUGAGCUGAACUAUGUGGAGAAAGCUGCAGCAGUCUCUCUGGAGAAUGUCUUAUUAGACGUGAAGGAGCUUCAGAGAGGGAUGGAUCUGACGAGGAGAGAGUACAGCAUGCAUGGCCACAACACACUGCUCAAAGAUUUCAUACAGCAAAAUGAGAAUAAACUCAAAAAACUUCAGGAUGAUGCCAAGAUCGCUCAGGAUGCCUUUGAUGAAGUGGUGAAAUUCUUUGGAGAAAACUCCAAAACAACACCCCCGUCUGUGUUUUUCCCAGUGUUUGUGCGCUUUGUGAAAGCAUACAGGCAAGCAGAGGAGGAUAAUGAACAGAGGAAAAGACAGGAGCAGAUGAUGAUGGAGAAGCUGAUUGAGCAAGAAGCUAUGAUGGCGCAAGAGGAUCAGAAGUCUCCCUCUCAUAAGAGCAAGCGUCAGCAGCAGGAGUUGAUUGCGGAGCUGAGGAAGAAGCAGGUGAAGGACAGCAGACAUGUGUAUGAGGGUAAAGACGGAGCCAUUGAGGACAUCAUCACAGUGCUGAAGACUGCCCCCUUUACUGCGCGCACGGCCAAACGCAGCUCGCGUUACUUCAACGAGGAGCUCCACUUCUAAAGCUUAGACUCUCUCUCUCUUAAAGAUCUAAGAAACCAGCCUUACAGGCGUGCUGACGCCGUCAGGAGGAGCAUUCGAAGACGUUUUGAUGAUCAGAAUUUGCGGCCAAUGAACAAUGCAGAGAUGGUCAUGUGACGAGGGCAGAGGGGAUGUGAUUGGAUAGGCUGGAGGAGUGGAGGAGGAGCUAAUGAAGGACUGAUGAAGAUGACAGCAGGUCUGAAAGUCAAGUGCCUACAUUUAACAUCUGUCCCAUCAGGUGUUGAAUCAUACAUGCGUUUUAGUCAGUGUCUUCUGUCUGUGAAUUUUUAUAUGACAAACGAUGUCUUGAUCUGUCUUUUAUCCUAUGGCGCUUCAAUUGUAUGGCAAGAUCAGUGUUUUUCUUGAGAAAGUGUCUGAAUGUAAAACUAUUCCAACACUUUAUGUAUCAUGAACCUGUACAAAGGCCUCUUACAUUCCAGUGCUUUCGCCACAGAUCAAAACCGACCAGGCGUGUGUUUCUUCCCAAAUCUACUGGUCAGUCUUAAAGAUCCCUGUAGGGUCUGUCAGAGCCUGUUCUUAUUGUAGCGUUCACAUAGGGGGCUCAUUCUUGUGUUAAAAAACAGACGGAUAGAGCCCAACAGAAUGGAAUACAGGUUGAGAAGCAUUUGAAACGUUUAAAAACUUUUGUAAAAGUUGUAAAAAUAUGUUGAUGGCUUGAAAUGCUGUUGGGUGCAACACAGCGGACAAAGAUAACAAUAAUAACAUUACUGAUUUGAAGGUAUUUAAAUGUGUUGCUCCCAAUACCCACACCUGUGGUCUUGGCCACUUGAAAGCAUGUGUACAAAAUAGGUAGUAAGUACAAAAGACUGUCCCAGAUCUGAAAAAUGCCAAAGCACCACAAUUAAAUUGUCAUCUGAAAAGUCAUUUACAAGUUUAUUUUUAAAGGGCAAAGUACUGAAAAUCAAAAUGUGUAAAUAAAGCUCUGUAAAAACUUUACUUACAUUUUUUUUUUUUUUUACAAAAUUGUGUUGUGUGUCCCAUUGAGUAAUAAAACAUUCCACACUGGUUACCCAAUGGGACAACCUUGGGACCUACAGUCUUCACGCCCACUUGAAAACAUGGGCCAAAUACAGGAAAUACCAAUGCUAUCUCACGACCAAUUCGUAUGAAUUUGCGUAUGAAUUCGUACAACCUCACUUGUACUACUUUGUAUGAUUUUUCUACACCCCAGUGGCGGGUACGGAUUCAUACAAAUUGGGGAAGUUGUAAAAUACGUACGAUUUAGCAAAAAUUUGCCACUUCAUGAAAUAUGUACAAAUACCCAUGAGAUCGGGUUGGAAAUACAUCAUUCAAGUGCACAAGUGGUUACAUACAAAUAUCGCAAGUGUGGGUACUGGGACAGGCCCUUUAAAAAUCAUUAUAAACUAACAGACUAGUCAGUCGUCUGUUGGACUAACUGACAUCCUGGUCCAACCCUAAUCAGAAGGAUCACAGUCAUGGUGGAGUUACUGCAGGGAUGUUGCAGUAUUGGGCUACAGAAUUAGAUGAAGUUCAGUUGAGUAGUAGAAGGUGUAAGGAAAGGUGUGUUAUAUAAAAAAUGAUGUUAAGUACAUGGGACAAAGGCAAAUGUGAAAUUUAAACCAGAGGCAGCAGAUCUCCAGUACCUUGUGUUUCUGAAAGACUGCUGACAAGUCUUAAUUACAAUGCUGCACAAGCAAGACUGCAUUAGGUUUUGGUCCUCAAACUGUGGGUUGGUUAGGAUUACCGAAACCAAAGUACAGAAAAAGUCUAGUACCUCUGCAGCCUUUACAGAUUAUGGAGUCAGAGGAGUCUAGCAUUUUCAAAAGGUCAUUGACUAAUUAAUGUUCCAUGUUCAACACAGGUGAAGCUCUGUGCUCUGCCAAAAUCUUGUUUACAUUAAAGCACUUCAAAUGAAAGUUUAUGGGGUAAGGCAUUGCGCAGGAACAAAUGUAAAGUACAGUUUUUAAACUAAAACCUCAAUACUUAAUCCAUGUUCACUUGACUACUGUGAUAGAAUCAAAUACUUCUCUGUUUUAAAACCAAUAUUGUCUUAACCAGCAUAACCAGCAAUAUAACACUCCUGUCAAGACCAUGUAACUGGAUGACUUUGCCAGAAGUUACCAGGGUUAACAUAACCAGAAGUCCACAGUAGUCUCUGUGCUAAAAUUACAAAACAUGUCAGCUCAAAAAGUGCUUUAACAAAAAUAUGAAUUUUGCAUUUUAUGUCUGCUUUUAAACCCUUGGACACUUGCUCUAUAGACUUCCAUUGGAAGUGCACUGAGGUAAAUGGAAUAUUGUUUUAUACACAGAGGAUUGAAUAUGGAGUCUGUGGUAAUCGACAGAUGCUAUCUAUUCAAAUGUUGUUUUGAACACAGACUAUUCCUUUAUGAAUUUUAAGCACUUGCCACAACUUACUGCAUUGGUGACGUUGGCUCUUGUUCUUCAUUACACAAGAUCAGGUUCCUUACAGAAUUCAUUUGCUGUAACUGGGCUUGCUUCGUGCGUUCUAGGUCUGAUAAUGGGAAAUAAGGCCUGUUAUAUAAAAUGAAUUUUGUGUGGUUCUAUAAUGACCUGCACAAAUAAAAAUUCACAUUUCUUGAGAUGUGUAAUUCUAUUUAAAAGCAAAAAUAUAAAACCACAAAAAAAAAGCGUUUGUUAAAUGUACAGAUAUUUUGCUAUAAAAAUUGUUGCAUCUUUUAACUUUUAAUCUUCUAAUAUUGUACAUAAUGUUUAAAAACAAUACUGUUUAAAAAUCAUUCUGUACUACAACAUUUGAAUAUUUUAACUUAUAGUUUUCUCUUUUUUCCAGCAUUUUGUAUAUUUAAUAAAACUGAAAACCUGAACCAGGUCUUUUAGACAUGCAGCCACAUCACACUAGAACGUCCCUUCUGUAUUAAAACAUGUCAGAAAUCAGAUGCAGUAGUAGAAUUAUAGAAGUCUGUCUCAUCUCUCUACAUUCCACUUAUAAAAACUGGAUUAAACUGGCAUUUUUUCCCUAAAAUCAAUGUAUCUUAGGCAUUGAAUGCUUACAGUACUGCAAAAAAGAUCUGUUCUCAGAUUUAAAGUUAGAUGAUUUCUCAAUGCCCAAUUAAACUAUUUACAUAA